AUCUGAGUUCACGAGGCUGGCCUGUUUCCUUUAAAACUAAAACCCAUUUCCAUCUCUCGCCCCCUUUACUUUAGAGGAGCUAAAACCCUAGCUUCCUCCAUAACCCCUCUCCUGCCACGCUAGUUCAAGCUCAUUUUCCUCUGAGCCUCGCCGUUACAGGAAUCAUCAGCAACCAUGUUGAGCGUGAAAACCCCCAAGAAAGGAAGGAUCAAGCGCGAGCUCGAUAAACGAGCUCCAAAACUUGUUGAAACUGGGAAGAAGACCCUGAUACUUCAAGGUACAAAGACGAGCAGCGUAUUGAAUUCUGUUUUGGCGGAUUUAUAUCAUCUAAAGAGAGAUAAUGCCAUCAGAUAUACCCGCAAGAAUGAUAAUAUAAGGCCAUUUGAGAGCGGCGGUGAAUCUUCCUUGGAGUUCUUUUCUCAGAAAACGGACUGCAGCAUUUUUGUGUAUGGUUCCACCUCAAAGAAACGGCCCAACAAUAUUGUAAUUGGGCGAACAUAUGAUCACCACAUAUAUGAUCUUGUAGAAGUAGGGGUUGAAAAUUUUAAACCCAUGUCAUCGUUUACAUAUGACAAGAAAGUAGCUCCACACAUAGGUUCUAAACCUUUCAUUGCUUUUAUUGGAGAAGGAUUUGAAAGUGUGGAUGAGUUGAAACAUUUGAAGGAGGUAUUGCUUGAUCUACUGCGGGGAGAGGUGGUUGAAAACUUGAACCUUAUUGGUUUGGAUCGUGCAUAUGUAUGUACAGCUGUAUCUUCAAACCGUGUAUUCCUUACUCAUUGUGCAAUAAGGCUAAAAAAGUCUGGCACAGUUGUUCCUCGUGUUGAACUGGUAGAAGUUGGCCCUUCCAUGGAUUUGGUAGCUCGUCGUCAUCGUCUUCCUAAUGAAAGCCUAAGGAAAGAAGCCAUGAAAACAGCUAAAGAUCGGCCCAAGAAGAAGAUUAAAAAUGUUAGUGCAGAUGCCGUGCAAGGGAAGGUUGGCAAGAUUUAUAUUCCUGAUCAGAAGAUUGGAGAUAUGGCACUACCUGACAAAUCGAAAGGAGUGAAGAGAGAGCGUCGCGAAGCUAAGAUGAAGAAUGGGGAUAAAGACCGUGCACCAAAGAAGCAGAAGGAAGAUUCUGAAUAAAUUAUUAUUUUGACUUGCUGGCUACAUCUGUACUAAUUUCCUGUUGCAAUUCUUAUACUUAGUUUUUGCAUCGUGAAAUUCUGAUUCAAUUGAAAUCAAUGGACGUGCAUGGGAUUUCUUUCCUCUGCUUCACCAUACAUUGGAAAGCUCAUGAAAUUUUGUGUACUGUCAGAAAUAUAAUGCUUCAAGUUAGCAGAUUCAGUUUCUUGCA